AUGUCAGACACAGAAACACCGGAGCAGUCUGCUUCGACGCCGACGCCUCAGCCGACGCCUAGAGCGACCAGAGGCAGAGGUAGAGGCAGGGGCAGGAGACCCGCCGUCCCAAGAAAAGAGGCAGCACCCAAACCCGCGCCCACAGCCGGGACCGGUCGACGCGGCCGCUUCAAGCAGUUCAGCGACGACAAAGUCCAGGCUGCCUACGAGCGUCAACGCGAGCUCAAGGCUCAGUAUGCGGCUUUGGCUAAUGCCGUAAAGCCUGCGCUGCAAGACUUGGCGACGCGGACCGUCAGAAGACUGACCAAGGACGGCGAUUACUACACGUCGGUGCCAGAGUUUGAUGUGGUCACUGAUCACCUCCAAGAUCGCUUCACCAAGAGACUCGCCGUCGCAAAGACCAAGCUUGGGAUUGACCAGAAGAUGGUCCUCGCCGCCAAGGAGAUGCAGCGCGAGGCCGUGCAAGAGAUUUUCGAGAACGGACUUGAGGAUCUUGAAGACAGAUUUUUGGAUGCGCAGAUUCAUCGCCUCGAUCUUUUGGAGUAUCUCCAUGACCAUGGCCUGCCUAUUGACCUCGUCGACGGCGGCUGGAAUUACAAACAAAUUUCAGACAAGGAAGCCUCAGAGUUUGGCAUCUAUGAAGUCUACGUUGACGGCCAUCUCGUGCCCUACCCUCAGCUCAUUGAGGGCACUGAGGCUCACGCCCUCCGCCAGGCUGCCUGGGCGGAGCCUCAACACAAAGAAACCGCGGCAGCGCCCGCCGCCGCUGCACCACGGACCAAGCGCAAGGCCAGAGACCAGCCCGAUGGCCAGCCCGCCUCCAAGCGGACCGCCGGCGAUGUCGCGCCUGCUAAUCACAUUGCGGGCAUCAUGUCGGCGCAGCACGCUCCCGUCGAGGAUGAGUCUAAUGAGAGCACACCUGUCCCCGAGGGCCCGGUCUCCGCCGACCAGAGAGAACCUCCGCUGCCUGCGAAGGCUUCGGAGCCGGAUGAGUAUGGCUGCAGACAGGUCAACCGCCCACCGGCCAAGAACGGAGCCAUGAUUGCCAACCGCAUUAUUGUGCCGCCUACUUUCCAGUUUGACGAUGACGAAAUUGGAUAUCGCGAUUCGACAAAUUCUGCAAAGCACGGCGCCACGGUUGCCAAGCGAGGCAAGUACUUUGGCAAGCCAAACUCCAACACUUGGCACUACGACCCUCUGCUCGCUCGCUGGGAUGCACGUCUUGUUGAGGACGACGACAUGGAUAAGGACCUUGUCGAGAAGCACGGCGUCCACCCUCGCUAUGGCUACUUUCUUCCUACCAGCAAGAACGACGCCGAGCCUCCCAAGGCGGAGGCUGAUCCUAUGCAUCCGACUGUCUAUCUCACCACAUCUGGCCGAGCCAUCCACGCCUCGCGUUAUGCGCCCGUGGCGAAGGUUGACACCUCACUUGAGGAAAAGCCAGUCCGGGACUCGAUGGCCGACGUCCUGUCUGCUGUCUGCGAUCAGUACGAAAUUGCCGAGGAAGACAUCGAGGGAGAGGAGCUCAAGCAGCUCAAGGACAUUGCCGCCGAUUAUGCCGAGCAAAGAGCCCUUGCCGAGUCCAUCAAGGAAUCCCAGAGCGUCGAGGAGACUCCCGCUGGAUCUCCCCUCCCUUGCAAUGAUUCCGCUCUCAACAUUGCUGGUCUUGAUGACCUCGUCAGCGCCGCCGAGGCGGUUGAGGGAGAGGAGAAGGAAGUCAACCCUGUCGAGGAAAAGCCAGUUGUCGUCCAGCCUCCUACACCGGCCAGAACCACGACCCGUGCGUACGACGCAAUUCGGGAUAUCUUUGGCGAUUCUGAGCCGGCGACUGAAGCCCCGCCUACGCCCGUCAUCGCCAACACCGUGACCGAGUCGGCUGACACUUCGGCACUAUUGUUGCUGGCUGGCGCCAUCACCGGUGACUACCAACAACAGCCUGUCGACGUGCCGAUGGCAGAUGCGCCUCCUCCGGUCUAUGCUGCCCCGAUGGAUGCUCCUCCUCACCACAUGGAGCCCGCCUACCCUAUGCAGGCUGCCCAUCCCGACUCACAGAUGUCAUUGCCUCCUCCGAACGCUGGUGGCUGGGUGGAGCCCCGUCUUGCCUCGCCUGGACCGGACACUCGGAUUCAUCAAUCUAUCGAGCAUCAGCUACCCCCCGCUCGUCCGGUUGAGAUGUCGCAGAUGAGGGCUUCCAUCGAGACCUCGAACGACGGCCGCCGUCACUCUAUGUAUCCCGAGCACAAUGCUCCCUAUUACGAGCAGCAGCAGCAACAGCAUAUGCCGCCUCCUCACCCGCAGCAACAGUACCCGCCUGUGGAUCCCAUGAUUGACCCACGUCUCUACUCUGCGCCCAUGGAGGGACCGCCGCCUGGGCAUCACGACUACCACAACACCGCGUACAGCCAGCCUCAGCAGCCGUACCACAUGUCGGGCAUGCCAAUGCAGGGGGGACCUCUGCCGCCCGCCCCUUCGCAGAUGCAACAAGCAGGCUCCUCAUCCCGCAUGCCUUUCACGAAUCCUGCCCAAGACAGAAGCUCCCCGCUUCCGCCUCUGCGCCCGUCUAGAGGCCGUAAGAGCGCACCCGCCGCACCGGAGAGCAUUCCGCCUGAGCACCAGCAGGCUCAACAGCAGCCCCCGCCCCCAUACAUGAGCUCCAACAGCGGCUCUUUCUACCCUCCUGGUCCUCCAAGACCUUACCACAAUGGCUACACUAACGAACAGCCUGGUCUGCCCAUGAUGCAGCCGUACCCCCCAUACCCCGGAUCGCAGCCUCCGCCGCUUCCUCAGCAGCAAUCUUAUGUUCCCCCGGGCAUGUCCCCGACCAAUGCUUCCGUCGCUCCUGUGCAGAGCCCUCCUUCACUGCAGUUCAUCCAGCAGCAGCCCAAUGAGCCUCCCCCGAGAAGCAGGGCGGGCAGCGGUUCGUCGACCCCCAGCUCUGCCGGCCCUAACAGCCGGUAUCCCAAGCUGGCACCGGCGCCUAUUCCCCCUCACCGGGUUGGCUGGCCGACGGGUCCAGAGUUGCGUACAGUGCAGUACGACUAUAAGGAGAACAUCAAGGACUAUGCCCCGACCGAGCCCCCACCGCGUAGAGCCCCCAUUCAAAUCCGCGGCUGGAACAUCAACAACAACAAGAUUCAGCGCCAGCGUGCCGAGGAGAAUGGAGACGAGCGUCGGGGCUCUCGCUAG